CUUCCAUGUCACACGGUCACCAGAGGAAUACGGACCGCGCGCGUGAGAGAUUGGCGAUUUUCAGCAGUACCAAAACCAGGAAAAAUCAGCAUUUUAGAGAGAGUGUGUGUGUGUGUGUGAGUGACUCUAUUAUCGAGCGUGAAGAAAAACGUUUGUCGAGCAGAUUUUCCGUUCGUGGUGUGAAACUGGGCAAAAACAGCAGCGACGGCAGUGUAGAGUUCUUCCUGCGACAAACCUGUGCGGAAACCUGUCGCCAGCUAAUUGGACUUUCGACUUGGCAGCCGUGCUGGGCAGAACUUGUGCUCACAAGACGACCAUUUUCCUCGGCAAGACGCGCUAGAAGCUCACACAACACCCUGUAGGACACACAGAGCUAGUAGCUUCUAGCCAUGACGACCGACAUCUCGGUGGUACGGUGGGAUCCUAGUCAGGGUCCCGGCCAGGAGUACAUUGACGAAUUCGAAUACGACGGAGGCAACUCCAGUUCACGCCUUUUCGAGCGAUCACGAAUCAAAGCUUUAGCGGAGGAGCGUGAAAGUGUCCAGAAAAAGACGUUCACAAAAUGGGUCAACUCGCACCUGGUGCGGGUCAACAGCCGAAUAGGCGACCUGUACGUCGACAUGCGGGACGGCAAAAACCUCAUCAAACUGUUGGAAGUAUUAUCCGGCGAGCGUUUGCCCCGCCCGACCAAGGGCAAGAUGCGAAUUCACUGCCUCGAGAACGUAGAUAAGGCGCUGCAGUUCCUACGCGACCAGCGGGUCCAUCUGGAGAACAUUGGCUCACACGACAUCGUGGACGGCAACGCGAGCCUUAACCUCGGUCUCAUCUGGACCAUCAUCCUGCGAUUCCAGAUCCAAGAUAUCACCAUCGAGGAGACCGACAACAAGGAGACCAAGUCCGCCAAGGAUGCGCUGCUGCUGUGGUGUCAGAUGAAGACCGCCGGCUACCACAACGUGAACGUGCGCAACUUCACGACCUCGUGGCGGGACGGGUUGGCCUUCAACGCCAUCAUCCACAAGCAUCGUCCGGAUCUGAUCCAGUUCGACAAGCUGACCAAGAACAACCCAAUCCAGAACCUGAACAACGCGUUCAACGUGGCCGAGGAGAAGCUCGGUCUGACGAAGCUGCUCGACGCGGAGGACGUGUUCGUCGAGCAUCCGGACGAAAAGUCCAUCAUCACCUACGUCGUCACGUACUAUCACUACUUUAGCAAGCUGAAGCAGGAGACGGUGCAGGGCAAGCGUAUCGGCAAGGUGGUCGGCAUCGCGAUGGACAACGACCGCAUGAUCAACGAGUACGAAUCGCUGACGAGCGAGCUGCUCAAGUGGAUCGAAGUGACGAUCGUGCAGCUCGGAGACCGACAGUUUGCCAACUCGCUGGUCGGCGUUCAGCAGCAGCUGGCGCAGUUCUCCAACUACCGCACCGUCGAGAAACCGCCCAAGUUUGUCGAGAAGGGAAACCUCGAGGUUCUGCUGUUCACACUCCAGUCCAAGAUGCGGGCCAACAACCAGAAGCCGUACACGCCGAAGGAGGGCAAGAUGAUUUCCGACAUCAACAAGGCGUGGGAACGCCUCGAAAAAUCCGAACACGAGCGUGAACUCGCCCUCCGCGAGGAACUCAUCCGCCAGGAGAAGCUCGAACAGCUUGCCGCCCGGUUCAACCGCAAGGCCACCAUGCGAGAGACCUGGCUGUCGGAGAACCAGCGUCUGGUCAGCACGGACAACUUUGGGUUCGAUUUGGCCGCCGUGGAAGCCGCCGCCAAGAAGCACGAGGCCAUCGAGACCGACAUCUUCGCGUACGAGGAACGCGUCCAGGCCGUGGUUGCCGUUUGCAACGAGCUCGAGGCUGAAAAGUACCACGACAUUGAGAGAAUCGCCGCUCGCAAGGAGAACGUCCUGCGUCUGUGGAACUAUCUGCUAGAACUGCUACGAGCCCGACGAAUGCGCUUGGAGUUCUCCAUCCAGCUGCAACAAAACUUCCAGGAGAUGAUCUACAUUCUGGACUCGAUGGAGGAGAUCAAGCAGCGUCUGCUGACCGACGAUUACGGCAAGCAUUUGAUGGGUGUCGAAGACCUACUUCAGAAGCACUCGCUGGUUGAGGCCGACAUCAACGUGCUGGGCGAACGCGUCAAGCAGGUCGUCCAGAACUCGCAGAAAUUCCUCGGAGACGAAGAAGGAGGCUACAAACCGUGCGAUCCGGCCAUCAUCGUUGAUCGCGUCCAGCGUCUGGAGGAUGCUUACGCCGAACUGUGCAAACUGGCCGUCGAGCGUCGUUCCCGGCUGGAAGAGAGCCGCAAGCUGUGGCAGUUCUACUGGGACAUGGCCGACGAGGAGAACUGGAUCAAGGAGAAGGAACAGAUUGUUUCAACCGACGAGAUUGGUCACGACUUGACCACCGUCAAUCUGCUGCUGUCCAAGCACAAGGCCCUGGAGAAGGAGAUCAACUCGCACGAGCAGCAACUGAUGGCGGUUAGCACCGUCGGUGACGAACUGGUCCGCCAGGGUCACUUCGGUGCCGAUCGCAUCGACGAGCGACUCAAGGAGAUCCUGGUCAUGUGGAACAACCUGCUUGACCUUAACGUUUCCCGCCGUAAGCGUUUGGAGAACGCCGUCGACUACUUCCAACUGUUUGCCGAUGCUGACGAUAUCGACAACUGGAUGCUGGACGCGCUGCGUCUCGUGUCUUCCGAGGACGUUGGCCGUGACGAGGCUAACGUGCAGAGUCUGCUGAAGAAGCACAAGGACGUUGCCGAUGAGCUGAAGAACUACGCCGAAACAAUCGAACAGCUGCACACGCAAGCCCAGAACCUAACCCUGACCGAACCGGAGCAGCAAAAGGUCCAGGAACGUCUCGCCGCCAUCGAUGCCCGCUACAAGGAACUCAUGGAACUGGCCAAACUGCGCAAACAGCGUCUGCUCGAUGCGCUCAGCUUGUACAAGCUCAUUUCCGAGAGCGACGGCGUCGAGCAAUGGAUCGGUGAAAAGGAACGCAUGCUCCAAACCAUGGUUCCUGGCAAGGACAUCGAGGAUGUGGAAAUCAUGAAGCACCGAUACGAUGGCUUUGACAAGGAGAUGAACGCCAACGCGUCGCGUGUCGCAGUCGUCAACCAACUUGCUCGCCAGCUGCUGCAUGUUGAACACCCGAACUCGGAGGAAAUCAUCGAGAAGCAGAACCAUCUGAACCAGGCAUGGUCGAAGCUGCGCGAGCAGGCUGAGGGCAAACGCGAUGACCUUAAAUCUGCCCACGGCGUGCAGACCUUCUACAUUGAGUGCCGCGAGACAAUCUCUUGGAUCGAGGACAAGAAGCGAAUCCUCACCGAAACCGACAGCCUCCAGAUGGACCUUACGGGCGUCAUGACCCUGCAGCGUCGUCUGAGCGGCAUGGAACGCGAUCUCGCCGCCAUUCAGGCCAAGCUGACCGCUCUGGAAAGCGAGGCCGAUGCCAUCGAGGGUGAUCAUCCGGAAGAAGCCGCCCUGAUCCGCGAGCGUGUUGCCCAAAUCCAGGUCAUCUGGGAACAGUUGACGCAGAUGCUGAAGGAACGCGACUCCAAGUUGGAGGAAGCCGGCGAUCUGCACCGUUUCCUGCGCGAUCUGGACCACUUCCAGGCCUGGUUGACCAAGACACAGACGGAUGUCGCUUCCGAGGACACGCCGACGUCGCUGCCGGAGGCUGAGAAGCUGCUGAACCAACACCAGAGCAUCCGCGAGGAAAUUGACAACUACACCGAGGAUUACACCAAGAUGAUGGAGUACGGCGAGGGACUCACUUCGGAGCCCACUCAGACCGAAGAUCCGCAGUACAUGUUCCUGCGUGAGCGUCUCCGUGCUCUGAAGGACGGCUGGGAGGAGCUGCACCAGAUGUGGGAGAACCGCCAGGUGCUCCUGUCGCAAAGCCUCGAUCAGCAGCUGUUCAACCGUGAUGCCCGCCAGGCCGAGGUUCUGCUUAGCCAGCAAGAACACGUUCUCAGCAAGGACGAUACUCCGGUCAACCUGGAGCAGGCCGAGAAUCAGCUGAAGCGUCACGAAGCGUUCCUCACCACGAUGGAAGCCAACGACGAAAAGAUCAACACGAUCGUCCAGGUGUCGGAUCAGCUGGCCGAGAAGCAGCACUUUGACUCCGACAAGAUUGGAAAGCGUGCCGAAAGUAUCGCUCAUCGUCGUGACGACAACCGCAACCGCGCGAUUGAACUGCACGAGAAGCUAAAGAACCAGGUCAAGUUGCAUGAGUUCCUGCAGGACAUUGAAGAGCUGACCGAAUGGGUCCAGGAGAAGUACAUUACCGCCCAGGAUGAUACCUACCGCAGCGCCAAAACUGUCCACAGCAAAUGGACUCGCCACCAGGCCUUCGAGGCCGAAAUUGCCGCCAACAAGGAGCGUCUGCACGAAGCCCAGAAGGCCGCCCAAGAGCUCAUGGUUGAGAAGCCAGAAUUCAAGGAAAUCAUCGAACCCAAGUUGACAGAUUUGGCCAAGAACUUUGACGAGCUGGAGACGAGCACCAAGGAGAAGGGAGAGCUGCUGUUCGACGCCAAGCGUGAAGUUAUCGUUCAACAGAGCGCCGACGAUAUUGAUUCCUGGAUGGACGACCUUGAGAAGCAGAUCAUCAACACGGACACGGGUAAUGAUUUGACCUCGGUGAACAUCUUGAUGCAGAAGCAACAGGUCAUCCAGACCCAGAUGGCCGUCAAGGCACGCCAAGUGGAGGAACUGGAGAAGCAGACCGAAGUGCUGACCAAGACCGCCCCGCAGGACGUGCUGGAACCAAUUGUGGAGAAGAAGACAGCCGUGAACGCUCGAUUUGAGAAGAUCAAGGCACCGCUGCUUGAACGCCAGCGUCAGCUGGAGAAGAAGAAGGAAGCCUUCCAGUUCCGUCGUGACGUCGAGGAAGAAAAGUUGUGGAUCGACGAGAAGAUGCCGCUGGCAAACUCGGAGGAGAACGGCAACUCGCUGUUCAACGUGCACGUGUUGAAGAAGAAGCACCAGUCGCUGAACACCGAGAUCGAUAACCACGAGCCGAGGAUUAUGACGAUUUGCAACAACGGACAGAAGCUGAUCGACGAAGGACACGAGGAUGCUUCCCAGUUUGCUGACUUGAUCAGUCAGUUGACGCAAAAGUGGCAGGAGCUGAAGGACUCUAUCGACAACCGUCACAAGCAGCUGGAUCAGUCGGAGAAGGUGCAGCAGUACUUCUUCGAUGCGGCCGAAGCGGAAUCGUGGAUGAGCGAACAGGAGCUGUACAUGAUGGUGGAGGAUCGUGGAAAGGACGAAAUUUCCGCCCAGAACCUGAUGAAGAAGCACGAAACGUUGGAGCAGUCUGUUGAGGACUACGCCGAUACUAUUCGGCAGCUGGGAGAAACUGCGCGUCAGUUGACUACGGAACAGCACGCUUACAGCGAUCAGGUCUCGGUGAAACAGUCUCAGCUGGACAAAUUGUACGCUGGAUUGAAGGACCUCGCGGGAGAACGCCGUGCCCGUCUGGAUGAAGCUCUGCAGCUGUUUAUGCUGAACCGUGAAGUUGACGACCUGGAGCAAUGGAUUGCCGAGCGUGAGUUGGUCGCUGGAUCGCACGAGCUGGGCCAGGACUACGACCACAUUACGCUGCUCUGGGAACGGUUCAACGAGUUUGCCCAGGACACGGCUGCGGUCGGAAGCGAGCGAGUGGCCAAGGCCAACGGCAUUGCUGACGAUCUGAUUCACGCCGGACACUCGGACAGUGCAACGAUAGCGGAAUGGAAGGACGGAUUGAACGAGUCGUGGCAAGACCUGCUGGAGCUGAUUGAAACCAGGAAGGCAAUGUUGGCUGCCUCGCGCGAACUGCACAAAUUCUUCCACGACUGCAAGGACGUUCUGGGACGCAUCAUCGAGAAGCAGCAUGGAGUCUCGGAUGAGCUGGGUCGCGAUGCCGGAUCGGUGUCGACACUUCAGCGUAAACACCAGAACUUUAUCCAGGACCUUAUGACGCUCCAUUCGCAAGUGCAACAGAUUCAGGAAGAAUCAUCGAAGCUUCAGGCCGCUUACGCCGGCGAGAAGGCUCGGGAGAUCACGAACCGCGAACACGAAGUGCUCGCCGCGUGGGCCAACCUGCAGGGCAUGUGUGACGCACGGAAAAACAAACUCGCCGACACCGGAGACCUGUUCAAGUUCUUCAACAUGGUUCGCACGCUGAUGCUGUGGAUGGAGGACGUCGUCCGGCAGAUGAACACCUCGGAGAAGCCACGCGACGUUUCCGGCGUCGAGCUGCUGAUGAACAACCAUCAGAGCUUGAAGGCCGAAAUCGACACCCGCGAGGACAACUUCUCCGCGUGUCUCGCCCUCGGUAAGGAACUGCUCGCCCGGAAUCACUACGCUUCGGCCGACAUUAAGGAACGCCUGCUCCAGCUGACCAACAGCAGAAACGCGCUGCUGCACCGGUGGGAGGAACGCUGGGAGAAUCUGCAACUGAUUCUGGAAGUGUAUCAGUUUGCCCGUGACGCCGCCGUCGCCGAGGCUUGGUUGAUCGCGCAGGAGCCGUACCUGAUGUCUACGGAGCUCGGCCACACGAUCGACGAGGUCGAGAACCUGAUCAAGAAGCACGAGGCGUUCGAGAAGUCCGCCGCAGCACAAGAGGAACGUUUCAGCGCUUUGGAGCGAUUGACAACGUUUGAGCUCAAAGAAAUGAAACGUCGCCAGGAGGCAGCGGAAGAGGCUGAACGUCAGCGUUUGCAGGCGGAAGCGGAGGCAAAGGCCGCGGCGGAAGCCGAAGCAGAGGCGGCACGGCAAGCGGAAGCGGCCGCGCGAGACCAGGCCGAUGCGCCCGGAUCGCCACAUUCCACGAAGGAGCUGGAAUCAGUGCAUGCCGAAACUAAACCGGGUCGGGAAGCAAAGCAGAUUCCGAGACCUGCGAGCUCGCGAACUGGCACGCUGCCCAAAUACCCUUCCACUGGCACCGACGCACCCAGCACCAGCACCGCCACCACCCCGCGGAGGCACUCGGGCACGCCGAAAGAGCGCUCCGCCAGCAGCGCCAGUGCCAGCGCGUCCAAAGUCAGCCGAAGAUCUCGCUCCAAGAGCCCGUUCCGGAGUUUCCGCUGGAAGCGGGGCACCUCCAAGGCCGAAGUAUCCGACGACGAAGGAGAUCGUCCCAGCCCCGGAGGAACCGAUGAGGGCGCCCAGGAAGGUAUCCUCACCCGGAAGCACGAGUGGGAGUCUACGACGAAGAAGGCAUCGAACCGGUCAUGGGAUAAGGUUUACUGCGUGGCCCGUAACGGUCGCCUGACGUUCUUCAAGGACCAGAAGUCGGCCAAACUCGUCCCGGAGCAGACGUUCCGCGGGGAACCGCCGCUAGAGCUGAAGGGAGCGCGCAUCGAAAUUGCCACUGACUACACCAAGAAGAAGCAUGUGUUCAGAAUAAAGCUGUCGAACGGCGCCGAAUUCCUGCAGCAGUGUCACGACGACCUCGAGAUGAACCAAUGGGUAACUGCUUUGAAAGCCCAGUGCGAGCUUGACGCUAGCGGUGAAGGCCGUUCGUUAACGUUGCCAGCCUCAUCACAGAAAGAUGAACAAAAGAGACGGUCAUUCUUUACACUGAAGAAAAAUUAAAAUCUUUACAAAAACAUACAUGAUCCGCUAACGACACAUCUAAGUAAAAAGCAAGAAUGAGCAGCAAAACUGUACUACAAAACCAACACGCCCCUCCCAAUUGGACGACCUUCUUCUGUUUUAACUUAAAAUUGCGCUAGUGAAAUUGUCGAAAGUACGUACUAUUUGUAUAACCCUUCGCCGCGCAACGACAAAAAGCAAAAGUGAGAGAACAAAGCAAAAGCGCGCGCAACACUAGUGGAGCCAGAUUUCCUAACAAAAAACAAAAACAAAAAAGCGAAAGUCAGUCUACGUUUUUUCUCCAAAACUCUUUGUACUAUAUAACUGUGUAACACAAACACAGGGCCGCCACCAAGCCUGUUUGGGGCGCAAGCAACUGCUUUCAGGGUUUUCCUUUUUGACCUUCAUCAGUACACGCAUCAUCAUCAAAUCACACACACAAAAAAACUCUUAUAGCGGAAAAUUAUUAACAAAAAAGAAAGCAACAUGUUUUAUGUGGUAGCGUCUUCGCAAAUCAUAUUAUAUAGAGAAAGCCUAGAAUACACACACAGACAGACAGAGCAGAACACAAAUAAUAGUCCCCUUGAACCAGCAAAAAAAAUGAUGUUUAGAUAAGUGACACACAGUUAAAACACUCUGCUAAAGCUGAUUUGGAACCAAAUUUGACACGAAGGAUAGAGGAAGAAAACCUUAAUGUGUAAGCACCUGACGAAGAAUAUUUUUAACAACAAUCUGUGUAUAAAAAAAAGCAAGUCGAAAAGUAUCUAAAUAAUAAAAUAUUUAUUUUAUCCUAAUCGAAGACAAAACACACACACACACAAGUCAGCAGCGAAGAAAAAAAAAAGCAAAACAAACGAGAUUCAACUCUUCUACCGGCAUCUAAUUACGCGCACGUUCUUCGGUUUCGUUUCGCGAGAAAAGAAACUGGAAGGUAUUGCAAAUAUCACAAACAAACACACACGAAACGACACGACACGAUGUCCGCGCAAAAUGUGGCCAGUAUGUGGCCAGUGUGCCGAUGGGUCGCCACCAGCUUGUAGUAGAGAACAACUUGAUUUCUUUAUUUUACAAACGAAUAAAAAAAGUUCAAGAAAAACAAAAAACAGUUGUGCAGUGCAAGUUCUUCUACCUAGUAUUCGGUAUGUGAAAGAAAGUUUUAAAAAAAUUGCAAGCUUAAAUGGGCCAAGGGCAAGGGCAGAGGGUGUGGUGUUCAAGGUCUCCAAUUUGUUGUGUUCACGCCAGAAAGUAAAGUCAUGCUUGCCGCAAAAUUCGCUUCCCCUUUUUAUAUAGUCGUGUGCGUGUUUGAUUGAGGGCGACGCCUCUAGUUGUGUGUUGCUAAGAUCAGCAUAGCCAUGAUCUAAGCAACCUGUGACUAUCCGUCGAUCGCAGUAACCAGUGCUGUCACCUGUCGGGAAUUUUCAAAGAACCUUGGCUUAGUCAAACAUUUCUUAAGUCAUGGCUACGUUGAUCUUACAACGUUGUGUGUAAAAGCGCGCGCUUUCCAGUAUGAUAGCAAUAGCAAAUAUGUGCAGCACAAAAGUUAAUUCAGAGAGAGAUAAAACACUCUUCUUUUUGGGUUCCAAGUCCAACCAAUAUUUUCAGUAAAGUGCAAGUUACACCUCUUUUUCUAUCAGUCUUCACACAAAACCCCCUUUUUAAUUUCGACUCUAGCAUGUAAGAAGGAGGAGAAUUACAGCAGCGCGCAGAAGAGGAGCAGAAAAUAGUUGAUAGCUAUUUGUCUUAUAGCGUUAGUGGAUUGGCCGACGACGACGACGGGGACGCAACGAUCUUCGAAAGAGAGAAAGAGACAGAAAGAAUGUGCAGAUUGUGGCGUGGCGAACGAGGCACGAAGUACUGAACGCGGAGUCAUGAAGAGAGCACGCACGGUCGUCGGCCACUUAUUGGUUAAUAUUAAUGAGAAAAAAAAAGAAGAAAAUUAAAUGAUAAUAUAUAAAGAAGAAAACAACAAAAAUUUAUUUGCAAUAUAUUAUACAAAAUGAAGCAAAAACCUUUUCAACCGUCGUCGUUUCGGUACACAAGAGAUACAAUUAUUUUGAGAGGGAUAAAUCAACAAUAAUCAUAGUGUUUUGCUUAUUUGUAGAACCUACAAUGGUACAUUAUUUAUUUUAUUAUUGUCUAAUUUAGUAUGUACUAAAUGCGCAGCGUUAGAGAAAAUUAAAGAUAAAAAAAAUAAAAAAAGCAAAUUUAAUAUAUAUUAGAUCGCUUCUGUAAAAGCAAGUUUGUUUUAUACAACAACAACAAAAAGCAUACAUAAAAUCAAUCAAGUAUAUUUUUUAAACUGCCAGCUUGUGAGAGUAAAGAGAACAACAACAACAACAAAUAAAGAUAUAUUCAACUAUUAUUCGAAGUUGUUUUACUUGAGCGCAAAAGAAAUUGGAGAAAGCGGCUGCUGCCAGCCACCCCCAAAAUCAAAUUCGUGAAACACAAAAAAUCAUGCAAUUAAAUCAGCAAACACACACGCAAAACGCAUCGUGACACUCGAACACACACACACACGCGCGCGCUGUCGCAGCAGAACUCAAAACAAGAGACGAAAGUGCACUUCCGGUAGAAAAUAGGAUGGGCUAAAGCUGAGCUGCGCUUGCGCGAAUAGUACAUCCGAUUUUCACUUUAUCUGCAGUUUCUCUUGGCGCGUGCAUUCAGCAAGAAAGAAAAGGAAAACAAAGAAGAAACAAGAAAAAUUACUAAAUGAUAAGAUUAAAGAGAUAUUUACAUCUAUUAAUUCAACUUUAUUUUAUAAAAAAAAAACAAUGGCUAAGGCAAACAACAAAAAAGUGUAAAAGUAUAUCUGAAGAAAUCAAGGAAAAAAAGUACACUUGAUAUUAAAAAAA